AUGCUUUCAAGAAAUAUUGCUGCCAGAGGCCCGUUUACUUCCAUGAAUACCGCCAGACGUUUUACCGUCUCCAAGUUUAGUAGCAGCCUUGCGUCUGUGAGCCAUGCCAGAAGUACUGAUUUGCGCAUGCUUAGGAUACCAUCAAAUUACAUAUCAACAGGAUUCACAGUAAGACAGUUCAGCACAAAUACACAUCUAGGAUUCCGCCAGAGCUUUGCAUCGUUUGAUAAGGAUCCUAAAAAGGAUAACGAAGACCAGAAUAAAAAUAAGAAAGAUAAUAAUAAGGGAGAUGAGAAGGAUCAGGAAUUCAAAAAUAUCUCUGACUAUUUCAAAUCAAAAGAGUUCUUCCGCUCACUAUACCUCACGGUGGGGUUGACAUUCAUUUUCCACGUUCUAACGACGCCAUCCUCGCAGCCGUUGGAUAACGAACUUCUCUCCUUCCAGGAUUUCAAGACUAAAUAUUUGGAAAAGGGACUUGUAAAGCGUAUCUACAUCGUUAACAAGUAUUUGGUAGAGGCAGAACUACUGCCCGAGGCCACUCAACAUUUGGGGAUGGGAAAUGGUUUCUUCUCCGUCCCAACAACGAAUCCAGUCAUUGCAUUUACUAUCGGUUCUGUUGACGUUUUUGAAGAACAAAUGGACCAAAUUCAAGAUAAGUUAAAUAUCCCAGAACAGGACCGUAUCCCUAUUACCUAUGCGGAGAAAGUUUCUCCUCUGCAAUACAUCGUCCCUUUCAUCCCUACUUUCCUAUUGUUAGGUGGUUUGCUAUAUCUAACCUCAAGAAGGAUGGGUGGAGCUGGUGGUGGACCCGGUGGUGACAUGGGUGGAAUGUUCGGUGUUGGAAAAUCUAAAGCUAAGUUGUUCAACAAGGAAACAGAUAUCAAGGUAAAGUUUAAGGAUGUGGCAGGUUGUAAUGAAGCAAAAAGCGAAAUUAUGGAAUUCGUCCAUUUCUUACAGAAGCCAGAGAAGUACAAAAAGUUGGGUGCUCAAAUCCCAAGAGGUGCAAUUUUAUCUGGUCCACCAGGUACAGGUAAAACUUUGUUAGCAAAAGCAACUGCCGGUGAAGCAGGUGUCCCAUUUUUGUCUGUGUCAGGUUCCGAAUUUGUAGAAAUGUUUGUUGGUGUUGGUGCUUCCCGUGUUCGUGAUUUGUUCGAGAACGCAAGAAAGUUAGCCCCAGCAAUUAUCUUCGUGGACGAAAUCGAUGCUAUUGGUAAGGAAAGAGGAAAAGGUGGUGCAAUGGGAGGUGCAAACGAUGAAAGAGAAGCCACUUUGAAUCAACUUUUAGUUGAGAUGGAUGGUUUCACUUCCAGAGAUCAAAUUGUUGUUCUUGCCGGUACAAAUAGACCUGAUGUUCUUGAUCCCGCAUUGAUGAGACCUGGUAGAUUCGACAGACAUAUCCAACUAGAUGCUCCUGAUGUUGAGGGAAGGAAGGCCAUUUAUGAAGUUCACUUAAAACAUUUGAACCUAGCUCCUGCUUACAAGGAAAAGUCCGAAUUUGAGGCUUUGUCUGGUAAGUUAGCAGCAUUGACUCCGGGUUUUGCAGGUGCUGACAUUGCAAAUGCAUGUAACGAAGCUGCUUUGAUUGCAGCUAGACAUUCUGACCCUUACAUUGAACUACACCACUUUGAACAAGCAAUUGAAAGAGUUAUUGCGGGUCUAGAGAAAAAAUCUCGCGUUCUUUCCCCAGAAGAGAAGAAAACCGUUGCAUACCAUGAAGCAGGUCACGCAGUUUGUGGUUGGUUUUUGGAAUUUGCUGAUCCAUUACUUAAGGUUAGCAUUAUUCCUAGAGGCCAAGGUGCAUUGGGUUAUGCACAGUACUUGCCACCUGACCAAUAUUUAAUCAAUACUGAACAGUUCGAACAUCGUAUGAUUAUGGCUCUUGGAGGCAGAGUAUCUGAAGAAAUUCACUUCCCUUAUGUAACCAGUGGUGCCCACGAUGAUUUCAAGAAGGUUACAAAUAUGGCACAAGCUAUGGUUACGUCAUUGGGUAUGUCUAAAAAAAUCGGAUACAUAUCUUAUGACCAAGGUGAUGCGCAAUUCCAAGUUAACAAACCAUUUAGCGAAAGUACUGCUAGAAAAAUUGACCUUGAGGUUAAGAGAAUAGUAGAUGAUGCUCAUGCCAAAUGUGUGAAGCUUCUAACUGACAACUUAGACAAGGUUGAUCUGGUUGCUAAAGAACUACUUUCAAAGGAAAUGAUCACUAGAGAAGAUAUGAUCAGACUUUUAGGGCCAAGACCAUUCCCAGAGAAGAACGAGGCUUUUGAAAAGUAUCUAGAUCCAAAGAAAGGGAAGGAUGACAGUAAAAAUGAAUCGGAUCUCAAUCCUUCCACUGCUCAGUGA